AUGUGGCCCUGCCUGCUGCUCGCCCUGGCCCUGCUGGGCACUGUCCCCACCAGCCACCCCACCCCCCCCCAGCCUCAGGGGCUCCCCGCUGCCGAGGCCAUCCCUCAGCGUUACUACGCGGUGGUGAAGAGGCUGCGCACCUACUCAGGUGCCCAGAGCGGCGGUGCCGGGAGGUGCCAGCAGGCGCAGGUGCGUACAGGGGUGCGGAGGCACGGGUGGGAGCGGUGGGUGCCAGGCUGUGCCUGUCCCCAGGCCUACUGCCAGGAUGUGUACCGGGGCCAGCUGGCCUCGCUGCACAGCGCCGCCCGCAACCAGGAGCUGCAGAAACUGGCCCGCACCUACACCUACUUCGCUGUCUGGAUCGGGGCCGUCACCAGCCGAAAGACAGGGAAGUGGGAGUCGUGCUGGGAGGACUCCAGCCCCUGGAACUACGCCAACUGGGCACCCACCCACCCCUGCCACAUUGUGACCACCUGCACCACCCUCAGCACCCGAGAUGGGCUCUGGCGCAGCCGCCCCUGUUUCGAGCUGCGCCCCUUCAUCUGCCAGUACUGAACUCCCAGUGCUGCUGUUGCCCCCCAGUUCCCUUUCCAGUAAA